AUGAAUCGUUUAACGCCAGAACAACGCUUGCAAAUCAUUGAAUUUUCUUAUAAAAAUGCGCGUUCUGUUAAGAAAGUUUAUCGCGCGCUUCUUCCAUUUUAUGGCCAGUUUAAUCGACCCGCUGAAGCGGCUAUUCGAGCUAUUGUGACUAAAUUUAGAACCAAAUUUACAUUAUUGGACAUCAAACCACCAACACGCUUACGUAUAGUGCGAACUGAAGAAAAUAUCGCAGCUGUAUCGGCCAGUGUUAAUGAUGACCAUCAAUUAUCGAUUCGUCCCCGUUCGCAGCAAUUGGGCCACUGUUACUCAACAACGUGGAGAAUUUUGCGAAAUGAUUUAGGUGUAAAACCUUUCAAAAAACAGCUGAUGCAAGAAUUGAAGCCGAACGACCUCCCGCAACGCAGAAUUUAUGGUUGGUUGAUGGGCCAGUAA